UUGUUUACGAUUGUCCACUGUCAUUUUAACCUUCAAAACAUAUUUCUGGGCUCAGCUCACCGCUUAAUUUGGCUUCAAUCCCAAUUUUAUUUAAAAACUAACGUAUUUUUUAACAACAAUUAACUAAACAACUUUUUUUUGAUCUACUUCAAGCCCCUGGUAACAGUGGCCUUCCACUCGAAGCGUUGUUUCUGUUCAGUUGGGCGGUUUUUUGCCGGACUUUCUUUUCCUAGCAAAUCUGGAUGAUAAAUUGGAAAACAUGAUAGCUGCCUCAGACCCAUUGGAGUUCAUUCCCUGUGGUCGGCAGCAAGUUGCUCGUCACCCAGGGCCGGUAGAAACAAUCUCUAAACAUACAGACUUCGAAGACUAUCUGCGAAAUGGUAUGGAAAAGGUGUCCCUUUCCGAAGAUGGGACCAAGGAAUUUUGGAGUUUGAGUAAGGCCAAAGAUGACCAAUUUCUGCCCAUUGUCGACAAUGAAGAAGUGCCCGCACUGAAAUUGAAUAAAACUUGUAAAAGUAACACAUUUUCGUCAGUUUCUAAACACCAGAUGCUUAGUGGUGUCUUAUUGGAAGAAACUACUAGUUUUAAAACGACAGAGAGUAGCCUCUAUCAAAAGAUUACGAGUAAAAGAUCUUUGGAUGCCAGCGUUAGAUUUCCUAAUAAACGAUUCUCUUCUGGAACGAUGGAUAAGAGGAAUGAUUCGAAAUAUAGUGAAGAUUUCAGCAAAAGCCGGGGUAACUCUGUGAGUCCUGAGCCUUCGAGCCCACACACUCCCAUUAAUCGUGUUGCUAUAGAAGAUGAGCUUUAUGUAAAAGGGCAAAUCGCAGUGUGGUCUCGAGGAGUUUUGAGUGAUAAUGAACAUGAUAAUGGAAGGAAGGUGAUAUGUUGCUACUCAAUUCCACUACCGAUAAAACAAGCUUUGUGGGCAACUUUCUAUUGCGAAAGGCCGACUUUUGAGCCGAAUUUAACAGAUUUAUAUUCCAAGAUAGAUAAACCAUGCGGGGUACCAAAUCCUGCAGUAUGUAUUAUAGACUCGCACCAUGUGAGAGUGUUUAUUGUGAAAGGCGAACAUUUUGUAAUACCAAUGCCGUUUCCUAUAGAGAAAGUAUGGAGUUCAAAGUUCGGUAUUUUAAUUGAAAAAGGGCUCGAUAAUGCAAAUUAUAAUGAAAACAGUUCAGCAGAUAAUUCUGGAACUUUAUUCUCAUUAGCCUAUCCUCUUGACGAUGUAUGUCCAGUGGCAGUUUCUCGAAAUUCGGCAAUUACGAAAUUAACCAGUACAAAUUAUAAAGUGGUUUAUACUAGUGAGAAUCCGAGUAUCUGUUUGAUAUUCGAUAAACAGACCAAAGAACACAGCGUUUAUAAAAUUCGCAAAGUGAAAUGCGACGAACGGGAUUAUGGGGACAAUCAGAGUGGUUGUCACAGUGUAGCGUUCAAUUCAAAUCGCCUUAAAAGUAAAUUAUCCAUGUGGGAAAAUCUUAUGACAAGUGGUAGUAUAGUUACUCCUAGUCCUAUUAGCACAAAUAAGCAGGCUUCGAGUGAUAAACAUUUGAAUACUCACAAAUCAAAGUCAUUCAGUUCAAUGGCUACAAUAAGUCGUUGUCAGUCACCUGGAAAUAUGGACAUGGACAGUCCAUGGGUAAAUCAAUCUUCCAAAAAGAGUAUUAUAAAUAGAAGUACAACGCAAAACCCAGAUAGUUUAUUGUCGAAAUCAUACUUCAAUUCUUCAAAAUGUAUGUCUCAUUUAAGAUCGAACCCUAAUAUAUGUUUGGAGUAUUUAUGGACUGAUACUUAUUCAGUACAGGAUACUCUUACAGGUUCGCCCGCUACCACAGUAUUUCUCACGGAAGAUUUCGUUGGCCAGUGGUAUCUGUGCUAUGUAUUACCUUCGCGGUUUCAACUUUCAAUCGUAAAGAUCGACUUUUCAGGCUCACAUAUAAGUUUUGGCGUUUUAACGAGUAUCAGUGCAAAGGAUGCCAUUGAACUUCCGCAAUUACAUAUGUUGGCCAUUUUGGAGCACAAUGGAAACGUUACGCUUUACUCGGGGCUUACUAUGGUAGGAAAAUUGCACAUAAAUGGAACGUUAUUGCAACAUACUCCUAUGCCGCCCGCUGGUAGACAAAACGAGGUAUCACCCUUUCCUCGACGCAGUAGUCUGCUGCCAAUGUCAAGACAAGCGGAACCAAAAUUCGAUGAGCAUCUUUUAUCCCCAGUUUUACCAUCAUAUUCACAAAAUCAAGAGUAUAUUUUACCAGCCGGUGGACAUCCAACGCCAUUGCGAUAUAGAUUUCAAGAUCGUGCAGGAAAGAAAGCCGUUCUUGUGGGCCUUAUAGAUUCCGUUGAAAACCGCUUGACUCUGAAAUACUCCAAUGGAACUUUCUAUAGAAUUACACUGUCCGUUAUUACAUAUUCUGAAUUAAUCGAGUGUUGUCUAGUGGCUCUUAAACAAUGUUUACCUAGAGAUGCUGCUCUGGUUUUAGCGUGUAGGUGGUACUCUGCUCGACACGUAAUUGGUUCUGAGGAUCUAGACACUACUCAGGAAUGGGACAUUUUUACCAGUAUUUUGUUUGAAUUACUUGGUUAUGAAGAUGACCAAAUAUGCGAUAAACCAGAAAUCCCCGCCGUAAAACGACAGAAAACGUCGCCCUCCAGCGCAGUCGAAGAUUGGUCCAAUUUAUUGAGCUCAGAUAUUGAAGUGCGAGACAUUAUUUGUGAAAUGUUUAAUUUACAAGUAUCGCCAAUCGUCGACAAACCGCCCAGUUCGAAUACCUCAAAAAUAUCUGUUAAUCCGAAAGGAAUUUUAUUUCCUCAUCUUCGGAAUAUUCACUUCACUUUGCACCUUCUCUAUGAAGACUUUAAACUCAAUAACUUAUAUGGUCAGUGCGUGCUUCCUUUGGCAAAGCUUUUAAGCCAAAUAUCCAUCAACUUGGGACUAAGAGAUUAUACAUUGCACUAUUGGAAGGAUUUCCCAAAAUAUGUAGCGGUGAAAGGUCCAAAAAUUGACGAAGCUCUAUUCAAAUGUUUUAACGUAUGGCAAGGCAUAAGCGAGAAACCUGUAAGUGUUAUGGCUCAUAUAUACAAAUUGUUAAAAGGCCACAAUUUGUUACCUUAUCCACAUUUCAUGAAUGUAAAUGGAAGAUCUCGGGAUAUUGUUCAAUUAUGUGGGGUUCUUUCCCAAUCAAACCGGGACGGAUCAUCGGAAAUCUUACUCGAUAGUUUCAUAAGGGAACUUGCUCAGCCCAUGCAGGACUCGUCUCACGUAAAGCAUCAGAAAAGCAAUACGGUAGAUUGUAGUCUCAACGAACAGGUUGCUUUACUUAUGGUUGAUAUGAAAAUUGAUACAAAAUAUAUCGAGACGCUCCCAAUCGGCAUAUAUUACUUGUUUUACAAUACUCUAUGGAGAUGUAGAGAGAAUCCUCCAACUGAUUGGCCGUCAGAAGCUUACCGUUUAAUUUGGCGAGAUGAUUUAGUUGCACAAGCUGGGAGAGUUGCAAUGGAGAAUCACAAAGUGUUGAAAGCAAAAAUAGAUUUCUGUUUUCAAUUGCAAGAAACAAUUCCUAAUACUACUAAGGAAAUCCCUCAUAUAGAUGGCAUGGAAGACAUUGAUUGUAACUUAACCAGGAUGAUCUUCCGCGAAGACAUUCGGAUCAUGGAUGCCAGAAAAAUGUUAGAUAGUUCUCAGCCAGUCACGAUAAAUUUAACGCAACGACCAGACGUCUCCGAUCAUGAUUUUAUCGAGGAAGAAGAAAAACAUUUAUAUGGAAUUUGUAUCAGAACAUUGGCUCUGCCUAUGGGAAGGGGCAUGCUAACAUUGCGCACAGCCACUCCAAUUAUAACAGAACCUUUGGCGGCUCCUGUUCUUUGCUUAACUGGCAAAGCUCCUGCCAAAGGAAACACCGUGAAGCUCAGCCACAUUGAUACACCGGCAAAUAUGAAUUUGUGGCCGUUGUUUCAUAAUGGAGUUGCUAACGGCCUUCGAAUAACUCCCGAUGCCCAAAACAUCGAUAGCACAUGGAUUAUUUUCAAUAAACCGAAAAGUGGGGCAGAUGCUCAGAUGGAACAUGCGGGAUUUUUAAUGGCAUUAGGACUCAAUGGACACCUAAAGAACUUAGUGGUAAUGAGUACUUUUGAAUACAUAGAAAAUUCGCAUGAAAUGACCAGCGUUGGAGUAUUAUUGGGACUUUCGGCAGCUUUCCGAGGAACUUGCAAUCACUACCUUUCCACGCUUCUCGCAAUACAUGUAGAAGCGUUAUUACCUCCAACCACUAUGGAACUAGAUAUUUCUCAAAAUUUGCAAGUUGCUGGAUUAUUAGGUUUGGGGCUUUUAUACCAACGCAGCGCACAUAGACACAUGACAGAGGUUUUAUUGGCUGAAAUUGGUAGACCACCAGGACCAGAAAUGGAAAAUAGCGUUGAUAGAGAAUCAUACUCGUUAGCCGCUGGUUUAGCUUUAGGACUGGUGAUGCUAAAGCAUGGCGAUCAACCAAAAGGAAUGUCUGAUUUAAGUGUAUCAGACACGUUGCAUUAUUAUAUGGUCGGCGGUAAUAAACGACCUGUAACAGGAUCACAAAAGGAUAAAUAUAAAACGCCAUCGUUCCAAAUCCGAGAAGGUUCCUCGGUUAAUCUAGAUUUAACCGCUCCUGGGUCUACUUUGGCGCUUGGGUUAAUGUAUCUGGGAACUGGGAAUAAGGCUGUAGCUGAUUGGAUGGCUCCUCCAGCAACUCAAUAUCUUUUGGACUCGGUCAGGCCCGACUUUUUAAUGUUACGGAUUUUAUCCAGAUCUCUUAUAUUGUGGGACCACAUUGAACCAUCAAAGGAAUGGGUAAUUGAUCAAGUGCCAAGCUCAAUUCGUCCUUACUGCAUGGUCACUCCUACAAAUACAGACGACACAGACUAUGAGUCUAUGAAUCAAGCUUAUUGCAAUAUAAUAGCUGGAGCCUGUUUCGGAUUGGGUUUAAAGUUUGCUGGAUCAGCUGACCAAGAUGCUUUCGAAACUCUGUUAUAUUUCUGCCACAUGUUCAGUUCACUAGCUGGAAAGUCAAUAGCUGAGUUAGCGGGGAAGCCGACUAUAGAAACCUGUUUAAAUGUUCUAUUGCUUAGUGCGUCGAUGGUGAUGGCUGGGACUGGCAAUCUAGAAAUAAUGCGAUUGGUGCGGCAUUUACGAUGUCGCAUAGGAAUACCAAAUAGUGCAAUUGUAACUUAUGGCUCUCAUUUAGCCCUUCACACGGCAUUGGGCCUUUUAUUUCUGGGGGGUGGGAGAUACACUUUGAGCAACUCACCUGCGAAUGUUGCCGCUCUCAUAUGUGCCUUUUAUCCAAAGUUUCCUACCCAUAGUAACGACAACAGGUAUCAUUUUCAAGCUUUUAGACACUUGUACGUUUUGGCAGUUGAGCCGCGACUAGUCAUACCUAAAGAUGUGAUCUCAGGCAAAAUUUGUUAUGCUGCAUUGAGAUUAGUUAAAUUAGAUGGUAAAGAACUAACUGUUAAGGGACCGGGACUUAUACCAGACGUAAACUCCUUAAGGAAAGUCAUAGUCGAUGACAAACGAUAUUGGCCGGUAGUAUUUGAAAGAGGACGGAACUGGGAUCGGUUAAAUAAAAUUUUAUCGACUACCGGUUGCAUAGAAGUAAAGCAACGCGCUGGAUGUCUAAGCUACUUAAAAGAUAAAUUUGGAUAUCAAAGCGAUUUGGCACGGACUCUAACAAAUUCCACGAUAGUGCCUUGGGAUCCUUCGUUUUCCUCUAUAAUUCAGUUUUCAUCGGACGAAUCGGUAAAGCAGUUUUGCGAAACAGUGCUGCAUUUUGAAAAUGCUAAUGCAAAUCCUUCUGAGCAAAAAUUCGUUCAAUUGUUGACUACAUCAGCGUAUGAUGCGGUGGUUAAGGAUAAACAUAUGGUUAUUGCUAUUACAAUAUCGUUAUUACAGAUUAUUUUAAAUUUUGAUUGCCAACUAAAUACACUUGGCUUGUGGCAAUUAAAAAUUAUAAUACAGCAAGUCCUUUCACGUCAAUCAAUUCCAAAUAUAUUAUCGAAAGAAAUUAUUUUGGCAAUGCAACAAGAACUGAUGGGAAAAUUGGAAUCUUAUGAAGAUAGUUUAAAACCGAAUCUUCAGCUGUAUUUAACAGGUGGUGAUUUUGACCCCACUCUCACUCAAAUGGCCUCUUUUAUCACAUAUUUGGACUUACCCAGUGAUCUGCCUCGAAGGUUAAAAACAAUGAAUAUCUUAGAACAUGCCAUACAUUUGAAAAGUCAAGGUUUUAGUACGAAUCUGAUCUCUAAAAUGAUCAAGAUAUUAGAAUAAACAUAGCGUUUUAAGCUAAAAGAAUUGUUCCUUCUUGAAUUUAAAGAAAUUGUUAAUUAUUAUGAUUUUUUUUUAAAUAUUGGUGUAUAUUAUUUGGAAAAUAAACUGUUGUAUGCCGUUUGCUAAUA